UGACGUCGCCGAGGAGGGAACACUGCAGUCUGUCUUCCGCAUUCAUCGCGAGCCUACCUCAUAUUCCGCAGUGUUAACCUGUUGGGGUUCUCGUCAGUGAAACAAAUUUCUCGAAACAGCUAUGGCAGACGUCGAAACACGGCACCGGCAUUCGGAGAAGCACACCCAAAGGAAAAGAAAUAAGGCAAGGCGAGAAAGAACUAAAGGUAAAGAAGUUUCGGAUGUGAAGGAGGGCAAGAAGGGCCAUAAGAAAGGCAGCAAAUCGAAAAGAACAGAGGGCAGAGAAGUAACGGCUGAGAGCAGAGCGGAGGGCAAAUCAGUGGCCCGGAAGUCUGAAGGCAGGACCACGACUUCUUCGGGGAAGGCGGAGGGCAAGACAGCGAGGCGAGGGAGGAGGUCCCCAGGGCUUGCGGCGCGUGCUGGCAAGACAAAGGCGCUCAAGCGGUCCCCUGCCAAGCAUAAAGCGGCACGGCGCAGUGGUGCAGCCAAGGGCAGGCAGGCCGCCUGUGGCAGGACAAGCAAAUCUCGCAGCUCAAGGAAGACCCGCAAAGAUUCUUCACACAGUGAGGGCUGUUCAACUUGUUCAGAGGAUAGUUACAGUGACAGCGAAAGUCAUUCUGAAAACUGCAGCACUUGCAGUGACUAUGAUACUGGCAGUGAUCAAAGUGACUCUCCAUGCUCCUGCUCAGAGUGCUACAGUGAAGACGACUUGAGCCCUGAUGACACCCCACUGAAGUCGAAAAAGAAACGGAAGUAAUAAGUUUAAAUUUAGAACUUGGCUGAAAUUUUUAAAUUUGAGACCUCAUCUCAGCAAUUUGCUUGUAAAUGUAAUGUGAUUUAAAUUUUAACUGGGAAUGGUUUUAAAUAUUAAUGGCUGGUACCAAUGUGUGUAAUUUAGAAUUCAGAUAUUCACAAUAUUUAAGUGUGCAUGCUUUUAUAAGUGUAACUCUAAAGAAACGUUCCUCAAUAAAUUCACUUCGUAUACAA